CUCUACCUCUACCUCUACCUCACCCUCAACCUCAAUCUCUACCUCUACCUCACCCUCCACCUCAAUCUCUACCUCAAUCUCUACAUCUUCCUCUACGCUAUCAUAUACAUCAGUGACAUUUUUCUCCACCACAACAUUCACCUCCAUCUCUACUCCUACGUCUACCUCUUUUUCUAACUUAAUAUCUACAACAACCUCCACCUUCCCAACCUCCCCUACCAUCACAUCCUCCAUCCAGUCCACCUCUAUCAUAACAUCCACCAUCCCAUCCUCCUCUUCCAUCACAUCCACCAUCCUAUCCUCCUCUACAAUCACAUCCACUAUCCUAUCCUCCUCUACAAUCACAUCCACCCUCCCUUCCUCCUCUACCAUCACAUCCACCAUCCCAUCCUCCUCUACCAUCACAUCCACUAUCCUAUCCUCCUCUACAAUCACAUCCACCCUCCCUUCCUCCUCUACCAUCACAUCCACCAUCCCAUCCUCCUCUACCAUCACAUCCACCAUCCCAACCUCCUCUAUAAUCACAUCCACUAUCCUAUCCUCCUCUACAAUCACAUCCACCCUUCCUUUCUCCUCUACCAUCACAUCCACCAUCCCAUUCUCCUCUACCAUCACAUCCACCAUCCCAUCCUCCUCUAUAAUCACAUCCACCCUCCCAUCCUCCUCUACCAUCACAUCUCCUCCUCUACCAUCACAUCCACCAUUCCAUCCUCCUCUUCCAUCACAUCCACCAUCCCAUCCUCCUCUACCAUCACAUCCACCUUCCCAUCCUCCUCUACCAUCACAUCCACCAUCCCAUCUUCUUCUACCAUCACAUCCACUAUCCCAUCCUCCUCUUCCACGUCUAUGUCUUCAUCUACCCCCACAUCAACUUCCAUACUAACUUCUACAUAUAACCUAACAUCAACAUCCAUGUUUACUCCUACAUCUGUCUCUUCAUCUGAGAUCACUUCAACUUUCACUUCUACAACAGAAAAAAUGACAUUUUCCACCACCAACACCUCCCCUUCAAUAACUCCUUCUACCUCGGCUUCUACUUCCACAUUUACAUCUGCCUCUAUCAGCACAGCCACAUCAGUCUCCACAUCUUUUAUUACUCCAACUUCUACUUUCACUUCUACACCAGAAAAAAAAACUGAUUCAACAACUGGUAUUACAGACGAAACAACCAUGGACACUAAAUCUACAGCUCUAGAACCUACCACAACUACAUAUACCAUAGGGGAAACUCCUGUUGAAAUUUUAUCAACAACAACUACCCCAACAAUUGGAGAAAUACCCACUGAGAUUAUUGUAACUACCCCAACAACUGGAGAAAUACCCACUGAGAUUGUUACAACUACCCCAACAACUGGAGAAAUACCAGUUGAUAUUUCAUCAACAUCAACUAUUGAGCCAACAACAGCUACAGCUACAAACAAAGAAGAACCUGUUGAUAUCUCAUCAACAUCAACUUUUGAGCCAACAACAGCUACAGCUACAACCGCACCUCCAACUGGAGAAAUACCAACUAAAAUUAUUGUAACCGCACCUCCAACUGGAGAAAUACCAACUAAAAUUAUUGUAACCGUCCCUCCAACUGGAGAAAUACCAACUAAAAUUAUUGUAACCGCACCUCCAACUGGAGAAAUACCAAUUAAAAUUAUUGUAACCGCACCUCCAACUGGAGAAAUACCAAUUAAAGUUAUUGUAACCGCACCUCCAACUGGAGAAAUUCCAACUAAAAUUUCUAUAACUACACCAACAUCUGGAGAAAAACCAACCAAAAUAGUCGUUACACCAACAAAUAAAGAAAGUCCAAUUAAAGUAUAAGAAAAAACCAUAAAAAAAUAUUUUCUCUACAAUUUGGCAUCGAUUGUUAAAACAUAAUUAAACGCUUUGAAUUCAUUAUAAUUAAGAACACAAAUAAAUGAACACAUUAGCUUUUGAA